AUGAGAGCCGUUGUCUUCAAAGGAGUCAAGCAAGUUGCGCUUGAGGAUCGACCCAAGCCCGUUAUUGAGCACCCCACCGAUAUCAUUGUCAAGGUCAAAUACACAGCGCUAUGCGGCAGCGAGCUUCAUGUCUUCCGCGGACACCAACCUUCCGGAACUGGAUUCAUUAUGGGUCAUGAGUUCACUGGCAUGAUCGAUGAGAUCGGCUCGGCUGUUAAGGACCUGAAGGUGGGCGACGCCAUCGUUAGUCCUUUCACCGUGAGCUGCGGCGUGUGUUUCUUUUGUUCGCGUGGAUUUUCCUCCCGCUGUGAUAAGAGCCUUCUCUUUGGCACUGCGCUUCUUGACGGGGCGCAGGCCGAGUAUGUGAGGAUACCUUAUGCCGAGACAACCGUUGUCAAGGCCCCGAAGGAGGUGGAUGAUGUCAAGCUUUGUCUGAUGGCUGAUAUCUUCCCUACUGGCUGUUUCGCUGCUGCCAAUGGUCUUGGCCAUCUCGAUAAAAAGCACGUCGAAGACAGCGUCGUUGUGGUCAUCGGUUGUGGCCCGGUUGGCAUCUGCGCUCUGAUUGCUGCACUCGAGUAUAAACCCAGAGCCAUCCUAGCGGUAGAUGGCAUCGAGCCAAGGCUGGAUCUUGCCAAAAGCUUAGGUGCUGAGCCGUGGAACUACCUUACAGAGAAGGACGAGUUGGAAAAUCGUGUCAAGGAGUUGACUGACGGCCGCGGCGCCGACGUGGUUAUCGAGGUUGUUGGACACAGUUCGGCGCUCCAGAUGGGUUUUGAGCUUCUUCGACCUUGGGGCACCAUCUCUAGUGUUGGUGUUCACAAUGGCGAGAUCCCGUGGACUGGGAAUCAGGCUUACGGCAAAAACCUCACCAUCAAGAUGGGAAGAUGCCCAGUCCGAAGUGUCUUCACCGAAGCAUUGGAGCUACUCGCAAAGAAACAGCAUCUGCUAGGUUUUAUGACGGCAACUGUGAUGCCUCUGAGCGACGCUCUUGAAGGAUACGAGUUGUUCGACUCAAUGAAGGUCCAAAAAGUCAUAUUUGAUGCUGAGAAGUAA